GGCGGGGCCGUAGGUACCGGCGGAGAGGUUCCCGGCGCCUGGGGACAGAAGCACGGGGAUCGAGAGGUCCCGCCAAAGCCGGCUCAUGAGAGCUCUUCCCGGAAGUGAGGUCGUGCCGUCCUGAAGACGCCCUGCAGCUGCCGUCCGGGGGUCUUGGAGUGACCGCUGAUGCGCCCGGUCGGUUUACACAACAUCGGGCAGACCUGCUGCCUUAACUCCCUGAUCCAGGUGUUUGUUAUGAACAUGGAAUUCACCAAGAUAUUGAAGAGGAUGACAGUGCCAAGGGGAGCUGCAGAGCGGAGGAGAAGUGUCCCCUUCCAGCUGCUCCUGCUGCUGGAGAAGAUGCAGGACAGCCGGGAGAAAGCGGUGCAACCCAUGGGGCUGGCCUCCUGUCUCCAGACGUACCGUGUACCACUGUUUGUCCAGCAUGAUGCUGCCCAGCUCUACCUCACAGUCUGGAACCUGAUUAAAGACCAAAUCACAGAUGUGGACUUGGUAGCAAGGCUGCAGGCCCUCUAUGCCAUUCACGUGAGGGAGUCCCUCGUGUGCCUUGGAUGUGCCGUGGAGAGCGACAGAAGCAGCAGCAUGCUGACCCUCCCCGUCUCUCUUUUCGACAUGGAUUCAAAGCCCCUGAAAACGCUGGAGGACGCCCUCCGCUGUUUCUUCCAGCCCAGGGAGCUGUCCAGCGCGGACAAGUGCUUCUGUGGGAACUGUGAGAAGAAGACCUGCUGGAAGCAGGUCUUGACGCUGACCCACCUGCCCCAGACAUUGACCAUCCACCUCAUGCGUUUCUCCAGCAAAAAUCUGCGGACAGAAAAAAUCUGCCAGUCACUGUGUUUCCCCCAGAACUUGGAUCUAAAUAAGCUCCUUGAGAUGGAGGGAGAGCCCUGUGCUGCUGAGGAGCAGCAUGGGGGACAGUAUGAACUCUUCGCUGUGAUUGCCCAUGUGGGAAAGGCUGACUUCGGUCACUACUGUGCUUAUGUCCGGAGUUCUGUGAAUGGAAAAUGGUUCUGCUUCAAUGACUCCAAUGUUUGCUGGGUGUCCUGGGAAGACGUCCAGUGUACCUAUGGAGAUCACAGCUACCGCUGGCGGGAAACUGCAUAUCUUCUGGUUUACAUGAAGAUUGAGUCCUAAUGGAGGUACCCUAAACCUUCAGAGACCUACCGAGUAUCAUUUUCCUUUUCUGUUCCUGGAUCUGCAGUGAGGAGAGGCACUGUUUUGAAAUUGUUUAAUUAAACUUUAUUUAUUAUCAGUGGUGAUUAUCAAAAUAUUUAACAGUGACACUGUGAAGGUUUGGAUCAGUCACAGUGGAUACUUCCACCAGUGGACCCUGGCCCUAUGGCUGCAUCAGGUCUGGAGUACUCCUGCUGUACAAUGUGGUGGUCUUUUAGCUGGGAGACUGUGGAGCCCAGGGGCUCCCAGGGAAGUAGAGACCAGGCCAGCACUGGGAGCAGGGGGGCAGUCAGGUGGCAAGGGGCAGUGGUGGGGAACUAUUUCCAUAUUUUACAGCUAAGGUUACUGUACUGGUUAGUACUGACUGUAUAUCAUUUCUGUUUAUAAUUAAAAAAAUUUUAGAACCUGUAUCAAUUACAUAAAACUCAAGUGCUUUGUAAUUGUUAUUCAUUUAUUUGGCAAAUAUGUACUGAUCACCUACUCUCCAUGAGACGGUGUGCCAGACACAAUAAUGAAUAAAGUUG